AUGGAGGGAGAGGCCAAUCACCCCCGGGAUGUGUGGAACCUGGUGGCUGAGUUUGAAGAGCACUGGGCCAGCAAAUUUGCCUGGAGUAACACACAGGCUCCACAAGGCCAAGAUACUCCUGCAGCCAGGCAGCCCCAGCAGCUCUCAGCAUCCCCCACCAGCCAGAGCCUCUCCCAGGUGGCUGCCAGGCACCAAGAGAACGAGGAGGAGGAGGAGCAGCAGCAGGGUCAGCGAGGGCUUAGCUUCAAAUGCCUCCGGUCCUUCCGACACAAGAUCAGUGAGGACAACUGGAGGAGGCAGCAGGACCCAGGCCCUGAACCCAGCAGCAAGGAACCAGAGGAAAAGAAAAUCGCCCUGGAGCUGCUGGAGACCGAGCAGGCCUACGUCAGCCGCCUGCACCUGCUCGACCAGGUAUUCUAUGCUGAGCUGAUGAAAGAGGCCAAAACCAGGAAGACAGUCCCGGAGGAAGUGGUGAAAAUGAUCUUCUCCAACAUCUCCUCCAUUUACCAGUUCCAUGCCAAGUUCUUCCUGCCAGAGCUGCAGAAGCGGAUGGAGGAUUGGAGCUGCAACCCACGGAUCGGGGACGUGAUCCAGAAGCUUGCACCCUUCCUCAAGAUGUAUGGAGAAUAUGUGAAGAACUUUGACAAGGCUGUGGAGCUGCUCACUGCCUGGUCAGAGAAGUCCCCUCCCUUCCAGGAGCUCAUCGCUGACAUCCAGAAGAGGAAGGUCUGUGCCAACCUGACGCUGCAGCACCACAUGCUGGAGCCUGUGCAGAGGAUACCACGCUACGAGCUGCUGCUGCAGGAGUACAUCCGGAAGCUGCCACCUGCCUCCCCAGACCGGGAGGGUGCAGAGAAGGCCCUAGAGAUGAUUUUUAUGGUGGCCAAGCACUCAAACGCAGCUAUUGCUGAGAUGGAGCGGCUGCAGGACCUCUGGGUGGUCUAUCAGCGGCUGGGCCUCGAGGAUGGCAUCGUGGAUCCCUCCAACGAGCUGAUCAAGGAGGGCCCAGUCCAAAAGAUCUCCACCCGCAACAACAGCACUUCGGAGAAGUACCUGUUCCUGUUCAACAACAUGCUGCUCUACUGCGUGCCCAAGGUCAUCCAGGUGGGUGCUGAGUUCCAGGUCCAUCUCCGCAUCAACGUGGAUGGCAUGAAGGUGCGGGUGCUGAAGGAUGCACAGGUCCCAAACACCUUCCUGGUGUCGGGAAGGCAGCGGACGCUGGAGCUGCAGGCCAGGUCUGAGGAGGAGAUGAACGCCUGGAUCAAGGCCUUCCAAGAUGCCAUUGACAGGAAGGAGAAGAGGAGUGAGACCUUCAAGACAGCAGUACAAGGGCUGGAGGCAGGCACCCCUGCUCUGAAAGCAGAGGAGCUGGGGCGCCGAGCCCCGCAGUGGGUGCGGGACAGGCUGGUGUCCAUGUGCAUGCGCUGCCAGCAGCCCUUCUCUGCCAUCGUGCGCCGCAGGCACCACUGCCGAGCCUGCGGAUAUGUGGUGUGUGCUCGCUGCUCUGACUACAGGGCUGAGCUGCAGUACGAUGGCAAUCGCCUGAACCGCGUCUGCCAGCACUGCUACGUCUUCCUGACUGGCCAGGUGGUGCCGGAGGACCAGGACAGGAAGCACAGAGGUAUCCUGGAGAAGGGAGCUGCAGAGGUCUCAGGCAGGAGCUUGCUCUGCAGCUCUCUGCAGCUGCUGGACAAGAGCGGCAAGGGGAGCACGGGGGGCUGGUUUGUGAUCCCUCAGGAUGAUCCCCUGGUGCUGUACAUCUAUGCAGCCCCCCAGGACGUGCGAGCCCACACCUCCAUCCCACUGCUGGGCUACCAGGUGAGGGAGCUGCGGCAGGGCCCCUCCCGCCACCUCUUCCAGCUGGUGCAGUCGGGGCAGGUUCUCACCUUCAUGGCUGACAGCGAGGAGCUGAAGCAGCGCUGGAUGAGGGCCAUGGCUCGCUCUGCUGCAGGCAUCACACACCCACAGGAGGAAGAUGUGGACUCCUGUGAUGAAGCAGAAUGA